AUGAAUCUUAGAGUAUGGCCGAUUUCGACGCAUUUCGUCCGAUCGCUACACAGCUUGGCCCCUUUUGCCGAAAUUGCGGCCAAGUUCAACUUUGACAAGCCGACUCACACGAUUCGCGAGAUCAACCGGGACCACAAGAGAGUGGGAAAGGGUACCGUUAUUUUGAACGGCUGGAUUGAUAGGCCUCCCAAAAAGCUGUCUUCCAAGCUUGUUUUUGCCUCAUUAAGAGACACAAAGUCAGACUACGCCCAACUCAUUUGCAAGGACCAGGAAACAGCAGAAAAGCUUGCUUCCAGGAAGCCAGAGGACGUGGUGAGCGUGAUAGGUACUGUGCAGCCGAAGAAGAGCAAAGACGGGAAGCCGGAGACGUGGGAGCUGGUACUAAAGGAUCUGAAGGUCUUGAACACCGCGGACAUCCAAACCGUGCAGCUAAACUCUCUGAAACAAACAACCGGUCAGUUUCCGCAGGAGUUCAGGUAUCUCCAACUUAGGCAACCUUACUAUCAAAAGUCGCUGCGGAAAAGGGCCCAGAUUGCUGCGGUUGCACGUAGCGUGCUAGACGAAAACGAAUUUGUCGAAAUCGAGACACCGCUGCUGUUCAAGUCGACGCCUGAGGGGGCCGACGAGUUUCUUGUCCCGACCCGAAAAAAGGGCCAGUUCUACGCUCUUCCUCAAUCACCACAGCAGUACAAGCAACUGUUGAUAGCCAGUGGAUUUGAUCGGUAUUACCAACUAGCCAAAUGCUUCCGCGACGAAGAUCUUCGUGCGGAUAGACAGCCCGAGUUCACCCAGAUCGAUUUGGAGAUGGGGUUUGCAAAGAAGGAAGAUGUCAUGCGCAUAGUGGAGACUGUGAUCAAGGCUAUAUUUAAGGAGACUCGCCAGGUUGACUUGUUCACUCCGAACGAGGACUUAUCUAGUGUGGUUUUAGCGGGUGAAAAGCCAUUGAAAAGGCUCUCAUAUAGAGAGGCGAUGCAUUAUUACGGUAUCGACAAACCAGACCUCCGUUACAACCUGAGGUUUAAGGUCCUGGACGAGUUUUUCGAGAGCCAAGGAACCAUUCAGGGAGUUGUUCUUACUGGAGCUGCCAACUUUGACGGAAUUGACCAGCUGAUCAGUUCGCAUGAGUACGCACACCGCAGGCCGUAUAUUGCCAAGAUCAAGUCCGACCACGAUCUCACUACCUGGCAUGCAGCAUCUCCGUUUGUAUUCAAGGGAGAAAUCAACGCAUUGAACGGAAAACUCGGUCUUCAAGUUGGGGAUGUCGUAGCCCUGGGUGACAUAGUUUAUCCCGACAAACAGAGACACAGACACGUUUAUGAAAACCCUACACCUUUAGGGAAAUUCAGACAACUGGCUAUCCAGCAUUUCCCAGAGCUCUGGAGACACGACACGGGACUCUCAGCAAGCGACACCUUCGCAGCGUGCUGGGUAACCAAUUUCCCACUAUUUUCGCCGGCAGAAGACUCCCAGUCCAAGGGAAAAGAAUACCCUAUUUAUCUAAAAGACAAAUACGAGGCGACUCACCAUCCAUUCACAAUGUUCGACUUGACUCAGGGAGUCACACCUUCUCCGGACAACGUUCUAGACAUCGAAGGAGAACAUUAUGACCUGGUGAUCAACGGAGUCGAAGUUGGCGGAGGGUCGCAAAGAAUCCACGAUGCACAGGUACAAAGAUACGUCCUCAAGGAAAUUCUGAAGGUCCACAACGCCGAGGAGCUGUUUGGUCACCUGCUAAAAGCACUUGACAGUGGCUGUCCACCGCACGCGGGGUUUGCUGUGGGAUUUGACCGACUCUGUUCAAUGAUCGUUGGGUCAAGUAACAUCAGAGACGUUGUGGCGUUCCCGAAGACGCAAGCGGGAACGGACCCUGUGGUCGGGUCGCCAAGUAGAGUGGCCCAGGAUACGCUGGAGAACUACCAUAUCCAGUGCAAGGAUGUCUAA